AAUUUUGGAGGUGAGCACGAUCUCGUGGCUUUUUCUUACAGUAUCUUGGGGACCGUAUAUAGUUCCAUUGGUCAUCUUGUGCUAGCAAAGAUUAACUUUGAGAGUGCGCGUGACAUUCUUGCGAAGAGGUCGGGACCUGAAAAUAUAAUUGUGGCAAAGUGUUACAGAAACCUGGCCAACAUCUGUGAUGUCAUUGGUAUGCCUAAGGAGGCAGAGGAUUGGAAUGAACGAGUGAAAACCAUUCUUCGCAAAAAUAAUAGCACUGAAAGAGCUGAUGCCCCUUCUUUGAGCAAGUUGCAAGUUGUGCGCUUAGUCCGGCCUUAUAUAUUGGCCAGAGGAUCCAUCGCGAAGGCCGCUUAUCAGAGAGCUCUUGAAACGGGAAAGACAUUAGAUAAGCGGGCUAAAAUCUUGUUGAUUGGCCAAGACCGGGUUGGCAAAACUAGUGUCUUACGUUCUUUGAAAGGUGAACUAUUCCGACAAGAUGAAUCGAGCACAGUGGGGGUGCAAAUAGACAUGCCUCUGAAACAUGUUAGUGAAAAACCAUGGAAGAAUUCCAAAGAGGAACAAGAAAAAAAUACCUUCCAUUACAAAUGUGCUCAAAAUAUUAGUAACCAGUUAUUAACUGAACCACCAAACGAAGUUACGAAGCAAACAGAGACUGAUGAGACACAAAGAAAAGAGGGAAUGAUCGGUGAAAUAGGAUCAAACCUGGGUAUGUAUGGUUUCUGUGUUGUUGAAAAACUUUCCGCUAGCAAAUCACGGAGGUAGCACGUUACAUUACCUUUUACAAGUUGCUACUAAGACCGGAAGGAGAUAGUUUAUCGUUGGAGUUUUAAAAUUCAACACCUCGCACACAAGUAACGACGUUUUUUUAAAAUAGGUUUUUACGUCGUUAUUUAAGCCGUUUUCUCGGCAGGUCUGCAACACAUCUUUGUUUACGUCUUAUCGAGUGAUACCAACAACAGCUUGACAUGAGUUUCACUCGUGUAGAUAUGCUUCUAGAACAAUCUUUGAUCACAUCAUGUUAUUUGUAAAUCAGUAUGCAUGGCUAAGCUCACGACUUCAUCGUAACACGGAAUUUUUUCGAGUAUUCUACAACUUUACUCGACACGCAAAAUUAUAAUCUUACGUUUUUAAACCUGAAAAACAAGCCGUCAAAUUAAAGCAAAAGACAAAGAGGGGGAAAAAGACGGCAACGACAACCACAGCACAACAGCGAAGUAUUACUGGGUUAACUGGAGUUAAUCAAAGCUAAUUGUUUUUCAGAAUCCUUCAAUGAGGUUGGACCAAAGAGCUCACCAAAGGUUUUUAAUACAUUUUAUUAUUCAUUCAUAUUUAAAGGUGAUAUUUAAGCUAUUUAUGAAUGGCCCACUUCCAUUCCACCUUUGCUAAUUGAAUUGACAUGUUUGUGUUUUCGGUUCAAUUCAGGGAAAGCAGGAUCAUGGCAGAGAACCGAGGACUCGGGUGAACUCAGAUAAAACUUCUCCGACAAGAGAAGGGGACAACGGGCAUAAUGAGAAGCGAAACAGUGACAUGCCCGAUGAAGUGGUGCGACUUACCACUGAUAACCUCUCGGGGAUAGAGUUAGUGAAGGAUGACGGCAUUUGGCCAGUUUGCAUGGAUUUUGGUGGUCAAGCCAUUUACCGUGCUAUUCAUCCUAUUCUCGCUUCGCGUGAAGCAGUUUAUCUGCUAGUGGUUGAUCCUACCAAAGAUCUUUCUGCCCCAGCCCAAUGUUUGGUGAAAGAGCCUGGUUGCGACGAAGUUAAGAUUUCGUCUCCUGACAAGAAUGACACAAACCUAGAUCACAUUAUGAGGUGGAUGGAUAUGGUGAAUUCCUUCAAACACAAAAAGAACGGCGACGUAUUGCCACCUGUCAUUUUGGUUGGAACACGCGCCGACCUUGUAAAAGACCCCGAAAUCGUGACUACGAGGGUAAAGGACAUUAUUUGUGACACAGCAAGAGAGUUCAGUGAACACAUAAUCGGAAAAACAUUUGCAGUGAACAACACUCUUGCAGGUAAGGAACUAGAGGAAGAAGAUCCCCAAGUUGUUGCCUUACGGAAAGAGAUUCUGAAGGUUGCAGAUACCUUGCCACAUACAAAAGAUGUGGUUCCUUUAAAGUGGCUUCAAGUGGAAAAUGAAGUUCGUAAUCUAGCAAGCGCGGGGACAAAUUAUGUCACAAGGCAAGACUUCCGAAAGAAUAUCUGUGACGAAAUUUGCAAAUUUGAGGUCGAAGAUGACUAUGAAGUACUUUUACACUUUUUGCACGAUCGUGGUUCAGUGGUUUAUCAUGGUAGGGCUGACGAUCCAGGUAGUCUGGUUUUUUUGAAUCAAAAGUGGUUGAUUGAUGUUUUGUGUCAGAUAAUAACGGUUGAAAAACAGAAAGAAGAGAAACCUCUCAUUUCAAAUCUCCGCAAAGAUCUUGGCAAGUACGGCAUUCUUGAUGCUAAACUGCUUGAUUACUCUUGCACAGAACUGGGUGUUGGCGACAUCAAGGAGUCUUUACUUUUCCUCAUGAAGAAGUUCAACCUUCUUUGUGAAUAUACGGGAAAAGAUGGCGGUUCCGUGUAUCUUGUUCCGUGCAUGCUGACCUCCACACCGCACGAUGCAUUUAUGCCGGACGUUUCUGUUAACCCAGGCCCUGCACCCGUUUAUGUCACAUUCACCACUCAGUACGUCCCAGUUGGUCUCUUUCCAAGAAUGGUUGUCCUUUGCCUCGAAUUUGCACAAAGACGGAUUGCCUGUGAUCAACCAAAGCUCCGGGCUAACUUUGCUCGUUUCUUUGUGGGAGACCACACUGCAGUCGAUUUUGUUUGCUACAAGCGUGUGAUCAAAGUACACGUUUGGAAUUGCAUCGAUCAAAGUAUGAACCCUGUGUACACCGAGCCUAACGUUUGCAGAGAGGUCUUAAGGUAGGUGCACGUAAGUGAGUCAUUCUAUAUUCGGUUGGUAACUUUUAAACGAAUUACUAGUUCGUGAAAUCAGAAGUGGUUUUUGUUGCGAUGUGAAUUGAUCCGACAAGUUUAGUUUGUUCAUAACAUUGUCAACCCUCUGAUAGUGUAAUGCGUGUCAUAGUUACGAUGUUGUUUUAAAGGAGGCUAAAGUCUAGUUCAUUUUUCUGGGGUGAACAUUGUGUACAUUACGUACUUUCCGGACAUUAAUGUAUCCACGUGAAAGAUAUUUAAGAGAAAAUAUCAACCCCUUUGAUAAAAGUCUUUCCCUCUCUUUCAGCUUUUUGAAGACUAGUUUGGAGAGGCUGCACGAGGAGAAUCAUUGGCUGCAAAUAGUAUCAUGGGAUCUCUGCGCGAGGUGCAAUUUGUGUCGGCCCCAGUUUGUUCCCGGAACCGCAAAGUGUUAUUGGCAUGCGAAAGCAGAUUGUUGCCAUGAUGAUUGUGUGCAUUAUGUUUCCUUGACAAGGAAGCCUGUCGUUUGCUCGCAUACACUGCGGGGUCCAAAGGUUUGUCCGCCCAAGACUUGGAGUCAGGUAAAGCUAAUUCAAGUUUCUUGCGAUCAGGUUUUCGUUCCAUUUAACCUGGAAAGGGGAUUGGAAUCAGGUUUGGUCAGACCUUAAUAAAGCUCUGAGUGGCCUUAAGACUGGAAAUGAUAACAUUUAAAACGUUGAAGAAGUACAUUCCUAUUGCCUCCUAUUUAAUGCUCCAGUUGAUUUCACGACUCAGGACUUUGCUCGGAAGCUUUUUGUCCCUAUAAUGGUUGGGUUUGCCCUUUGGAUGGUUAUUUGGAGAAUACUAACACUACGAGUAAUUUAUUUGGUUUCAGAUAUUGGAGGAUGCCACUGACAAAAACUACAGUGGUAAGUCUUUACAAAGCUUUCCUCAGACUAAUGGUAACUAAUUAUUACUAGUUUUGCUAGAAAAGUGCGUAAAGUUUCGACUAUACCUUUUCUUGGUUGUCGAACGUUUCUCGUAAAAAGUCAACAUUUACUGACCAAGAGGAAAAAUGUAUGCCUUCAUUGCCCCUGUCGUCAUGAGGACAAGCCAACGAACUAAUUUGAUACCUUGUGGAGGUCAGAAUGCGAAUACACUUUAUGACCGACAUUCUUAAGUUGAGGGCAACUAAACAAGCUCGUUUUCCCUUAAAAAUAAUAUAAUAUUUGGACUUAAAAAUGAAAUUAUAGCCGUGAGUAUUUUUCAAAACUCGUAAGCUCCGUGAGCCACAUAUAUUUGCCUUUACCAGGCUCUCAAUCUGUGGAGAGAAGUGAAAGGGCUGGCGAGCGACGUAAAGGUUGUAUGACCCUCACUCUUUUUGGGUGCCUCCUUUUUUUUCUUGGUCCUACUGACCGAGAGACUUGCUCAGGAAUGUUGAAGAAUGAAACAGACCUGAGGGUUUUUUAUAUUUCGUCAGGGAUCUCCUCUUCGGCGCAUUGCAGUCCUGUUCAUUUCGGAAAGCGAGAUCUGCCGUGCGAGAUUGCGCAAUCAGUUGUUCCCGCUAAGGUUUCUCGACCAUGUAACAUAUGUCAUAUUUUAAGGUCACGAUGUUGCAGAUUAUAGACAUUGUAAAAUUCAAUCUUCGAGAACAUCGUAAUUGGUUCAGGCACUUAGGAGACUGAGUUUAAUCCGAAGAUCUCCGAAUCAGUGCCUACCCUAGAGCACCCUUGCUAUCAGCUAAAAUGUAUUUAAAUGUUUAACCUCGAAUGAGCGGCCUAACUUCUACCCCCCCCCCAUAUUUUUAGAAGCCCCUCCCUUCCUACCCCCCCCUCCCCUCUUACUUAAAGAGUUCUUUUGUCUCCAUAGCUUUGAUUUCUUUCAAUUGUUUCCUCGUUUAACCAAGAUUCAGCGCGGUCAAGGUUGAAUCCAAUCAUACACUCUUUAUUUGCAGAUUUUGAUAGACCAGGGACAAAUCAAGGAAGGGAGUCGUUUAUCCGCGAGGAAGUGUCUCUCGCAGGUGUGUCAAUAUUCUUUAAACAAAUUCUAGUUUUUUCAUUCUUCUACUGCGCUCUUUUAUGACAUUCCUUUCAAUACUCCUAGGGAAAAUUUUGAAAGGAGGCAUUCUAUGUAGUGAUGAUCACGCGGAACUGUCGAACGUCAUCUCAAAAGACUGGAGGAAGCUUGGACUCCUGCUGGGUGUUCUAGAGGAAGACCUUGAUAACAUCGAUAAUAGGAGACAUGACUAUUUUGACAAGGCUCAUCAAAUGUUACGACAGUGGAAGCAACAAAACGCUUCGAAUGCCACGUAUCUUUUUCUGUAUCAAGCAUUGUGCGACAAGUGUUUAAAUCGAAGAGACUUAGCCGAGAGAUUUUGCUUUCACUAACAAUACUAUCCUCUGUAUGGAUUUAACUGAUAAUGAGGAAAUGGACUUCUUUCUCACUGGCGGAAGCUAUGUUUAUAACUUCAUGUAUGUAAUACAGGGCUUUCAUUUACUUUUCCACAGUAAGCUGAAUCACGCGUUUUGAUUACUUCUUAGUUUUAAUCUAUCGGAGGACUGACGCAAAGAUGACGUCAUCAUUACAAACAUGUUAUUUUAUUAUUGUAUGAUGUAAAUAUAUAUUCCAUGUUGCCGUGUGUCUGUACUGUAAAAGAUCAAAAAAGAUGUCAAUAUGUGGUUAGAACAUCAGUGACAAACUCAGCUAUCACGUUAUGACAUCGUCUGUUAUCUGUAAGCUAAACAGACGCACAGCGAGUUACUAUAAUUAGAAUUAUAUGGAUGUUUUUCCAUUUAUUUGUAGCCCCAAAAUUUUCAAUACUACUUGCCCAAUUUAAUUUUUGAGCUUGGAAUGUAGUAAUGUAAAUCAUUAACAUUUAGAAAUAGAGAUCGUCUAUUCUAAAGUCUCGUGAAAAACUUCACUGACAAAUUUGAAUAGUGUGAAAAAUCUAUUACGUUAUUUGUAAAAAUACGUUAAAAAGAGUUUUGAACCAUACGGAGACAUCACAAUUUUUCUUUGUAUUAAAAUGUUUUACUUGGCCAUAAACAUUGGUAAAUAGAUGUAGUGUUGAAAGGUAUUAGGUGUAAUGCGCGUUAAUUAGUGUUGAAGCGCAUGGAAAACUCUACACUUUUUUCAAUAAAAUUUAUUUAAAUUUACGAC